AUGGAAAUCGCCGGUAUUGCCCUCGCAUCAGCGUCUGCUGCUCACGAGCUUUGCAAAUGUGGAAUCCGUAUCUACCGUCGAAUCAAAGACGAAGAGAAAUUGACUCUAGUACUGAAAGAGUUCCAGAUGUUUGACUUCCAAGAUCGGCGAACACAGCUUGGUAUUGAUAUCAAGCUUGCGCAGGGAGUGUUGAAAAGUCCAAACAUCGACGAAGAACACAAAGAACGUCUGAAACAAAACUGGGAACGUAUCAAGACCUUGUUCAUCAAGGUUGAUGGAUUGAUCGAAAACAUGGUACAAAACUCGUCAAUUAUGGCAUCGCGUGCUCGUCACAGGGCUCGAGAUGCACUACUUGACCUCGGCGGCACUAAAGCAAUUUCCGUCGCGAUUCAAGAAUUUCAGUCUGUUGUUCUUGCGCUUCGCGAGCUAGAAAAGGAUGAAUCCGAAUUGUUUCUGUCGCCUAAUGACUUCCAGCCUUUGGAAGUCGACAACAGGGUGUAUGGCUCAUUCAAGAACGCCUUCUUCGGCAGAGGUCGAUUGACUGACCCCAUACCUGGUGUACCUAAUACACCCUGUUGGUUUAUAUUCGAGCCAAAGCCAUACGACCACGGUAAUCCACAGCAGAAGGAGGCAACAAAGCAGAAUGUUCGAAUAUUAGCGCAGAAGUUACACCAAGCCCAGCAGGACAAUGGUAUACUACGUCUGGUAGGGUUUCGAGAUGAAUUUGAGGAGAAGCAGGGACAUUUCCAGCUCAUUUUCAAGUUUAAAGGAUCAUUCUCUCCCAGUCUUGAAGGCUAUCUUGAGUUCAAUCCCAUGCCUUCCCUCAACUUCCGUGUCAACCUCUGUAACCAGCUUGCUACUGCCAUCUUGCAAACACAAACACUCGGUCUUGUGCAUAAGAAUGUGCGACCUGAGAAUAUCGCUGUGUUUUCCGAUUCGACCGGCAUACAAGCAGAGAGCGAAGACAAUGUGGCGUUGUUUCUUAUUGGAUGGCAGUACGCCCGGCAAGUUGAGAGAGGAGUCACUGUCCUGAAAGGAGAAACCACAGUGCAACGAAAGAUCUACCAGCACCCCGAGAGACAAUUUCUCCAGGCCGAGAAAGAAUACAGCAUGGCACAUGAUGUAUACAGCCUUGGCGUAUGCAUGAUUGAGAUCCUUACCUGGAAUAGUCUGUUAAUAACAACCGAGCCUCCCGCUAUGUCCCAGGAUUUCAUCAAAGCUUUUGAAAAGCUCGAUCUCGAACGAGACGAUGGAGAACCCUAUACCAAGUACCCAUACCAGAUCAAAGAAACGCUCUGUUAUAUGUGUGACGACCUACUACCUGCAAUUGCGGGUUAUAAAAUGGCACGUCUCGUCAAGGAUUUUCUUACGUGUCUUGAUGAUGAGGAUGGGGAUGAGGAUGACACGAGCCGAACUCAACAGUAUGCUCCAUCCCAGGACAAGGAUAGAAGACAGGUUGCAGUCCAUUUUGUUGACACGGCCUUGAAGGCGUUGAGGGAUUUGGAGAGCGCUAUCGCGUAA